AUGUUCAAAAAAUUUUCAUCUUUUUUAAGUAGAAUAAAAGGGAAUUCCAUUGAAACUUUAUUAUGGAUUGUAGACUUUUUCCCAACCAUGGUAGGGUGUUCUUACUUCAAAAAAGAAAUAAAUGUGGUUUUUUGGCUAGUAAACGGUUUUUUCUCUCUCGUCUCAAUAUAUGUAUACUUGGUGGGAUCUAUAGCAUAUUACUACUACUAUGCAAAAGAAGUAAUUGAUUUUGCAAACAUUUUCUUCUAUAUAUCUAUCUUUCUUGUGACAAUGAACAUUUUCUACUGGAUGGUAUCAAAACGGUCCGAGGUGGAGGAGGCAUUAGAUUUUGUGAAGAAAAACGAUGACUUAGUUCGAGAAACUGGUAGAUUUAUUAAGGAACAAAGAUCAUUCGCAAGGAAUAUGAAACGAAUUGUUUUCAUUUGCUAUUUAAUACAUUUAAUUAACGACAUAUUUCUAUAUGUACUGGAUAAAUUAAUUAAAAUGGAUGAUAUAACAGUAUCAUCUUGCAUUGGUUUGAAUCCAUUAUCAGGAUACCCAAAUCUGCAAAUAUGCAUGGCUGUUAUAUUUGUGCAAGUAUUACUAGGGGUAAUAUUAGUAUUAGGCUACGAUGUUUUAUUUAUAUUCUUUACAGUUCACACAACUACUAUGUAUCAAUGUUUGUACAAAGAUGUGGUAAAUUUGGAAAAAAUAUCUGAAGAUCCUUCUGUCUUAGAACAUAAGAUUACUAUUCUUUUAUGGAAUUUAAUAAAACGGCAUACAGUAAUUUUGGACACUGUGCAAAAGUUACAAAGUAUUUACAGUUUUGUCCUAAUUGUGGAUUUUGGAAACACAGCGGUUGCUUUAUGUUUAUUUUUCGCUUUGCCUUUCGACGUCAGCAUCAAUUUCGGUCCUUACAUUUUCUAUGGGUUGAUCAUAUUUUUCUUAUACUGUUUCUUAGGUGAAAAACUUACUUUUGCAUCAGAGCUCUAUGAAAAGGCCUUAUAUUGUUGCGACUGGGAGAACUUUUCUCUUAAGAAUAAGAGAAUGAUUCUUGUCAUGAUGAUGCUAUCGCAAAAGCCGGUUGCGUUGAAGGCAGCAGGCAUAAUACCUUUACGCAUAUACAGUUUUGCUAAUAUUAUGCGAACGAUUUAUAAAUUUGUAACCGCAUUUAAAAUGUAA